AUGAAAUCACUCGAAGCAAGUGAAGAUAAUAUAUAAAAAUAUUGUAAAUAUAAUGAGUAAAGUUGGAAAUGGCAAGAGGGAAUUUUCUAAGUGGAAGGAAUUGAAUAAAGACAAAGAACUUUGAAAAAGACCAAUUUUCUUGUACAAUACACUAAAGAUAGAUGGAUUCAUUAUAUUUAGGAUGGAUGUAUGCUAAGAAAAGAUAGAGCGUUAUUGAGUAAUGAAUAGCCAGAAAUCUAUAAGAAUUUAGAGCAUAUUAAAUAUCUUAGAUGGGAAGGAGAAUAUGGUGGGAAUUAAAAAAAAGUAGGAAUGUGGAAUGCCUUUUGGAGAGGCGAUAAUCUAAAAGUUGGAGGACUUUAUAACGAAAAUGGUUUGAAAUAAGGAAAAUGGGUUAAUCUAUUUCCAAAUUACAAUGAGUAAAUUUUUUGCUUUGAAAGCAGUAUUUCCUAGGUCACUUAUUCAGGAUACUAUAAUAAGGGUGUAAAAUAAGGAGAGUGGACUAGUUAUCUAUAUGAUAAAUAAAUUGCAAGUGGUAUUUAUAAUGAAUAUGGAUAAAAAAAUGGGAUUUGGUAUGUAUGUUCAAAGAAAUCUAUUAAAAGGGAUCAAAUGGUAACAUUUGUUGGAGAAUACGAUAAUGGAGUGAAAUUUGGAAGAUGGAAUAUAUUCUUUCAAUCCUGUUUCUUUUAUGAAAGACAGUUAAUAGGUGGAGGAGAUUAUAAUGAAAAUGGAUUAAAAAAUGGAUUUUGGAUAGAUAUUAAUGAAAAUUAUAAUCAGUUAUACCGUUAUGUUUAUUUUAUUAUUAGUGAAUAUGAAAUCUUAUACACAGGGUUAUAUGAUAAUGGCAAGAAAUAAGGAUAAUGGGAUAUAGAAUUUAAAGAUGGUAGAUUUGCGCCAUCUCAUCCAAAAAUGUAUUUAGCUAUCCAAAAUAAAUUUAGUGGAGGUGGAGUCUAUGAUGAAAAUGAAUAAAAAACUGGAAAGUGGAUAGAAUUACACGAGGACUUUAGAAAUGUGUGCUAGGUAAUUUUGGAAGGAGAGUAUGUUAAAGGAAUUAAAUAAGGAAAAUGGAUUACAUAAUUUAGAUUGAAUUUAAAACAUAAAUUUAAAAUUAUGUAAGUAGCUGUUUAAUUGUUUAGUGGUGGUGGAAACUAUGAUCUUUAAGGAAGAAAAAUUGGCAAAUGGAUAGACAUGAAUGAUAACUUUUGGAAACAAUGCCAAGUCAUUGAGAGUGGAUAAUAUGAUUGUGGAAAGAGGAAAGGAUCAUGGAUAAUUAAAUUUAGGUAUACGAUAAAUAAAGAUUUCAAUAAAAUUGGAGGGGGCAAAUAUGAUGAUUAAGGAAUUAAAAACGGAAAAUGGGUUGAAAUCUUUAAAAGCUUCUAAAAUUCAUGCUAAGUAAUUCUAACAGGAGAUUAUUUGGAUGGGAAAAAAGUAGAAAAUUGGAAAAUUUCAGUUAGAGAUCAUGAAAAAGACAGAUUUUAAUAGAUUGGAGGAGGAACAUAUGAUUAAAAUGGACUAAAAGAUGGAAAAUGGAUAGAUUUAAUUGAAAAUUUCACAAUCAACAAUCAAGUGAUUAUGAAAGGAGAGUAUUUAUUUGGAAAAAAACAGGGCUAAUGGAAUACUUUGUAUAAAAAAGAUCUUAAAUUAGACUUUUAUAUUCUCGCUGGGGGUAGUUAUAAUAAGGAUGGAGAGAAAAAUGGAAUCUGGAUUGAUUUGAAUUAUAGUUUUGGAAAAGAAGUCGGAGAAUUCUUAUACAUUUUUAUGGGAACAUAUAAAAACGGUCUUAAAAUGCAAUAAUUUACAAGAAAAAAUUUAUAUUUGGAUGAAUGA